CAUCCGUCAUUCCAGUCACGAGAGAUGUUAAAAUAAGUAUUAUGUAUAAGCAAAUAUUGGCAACGGUAGUUUUAAGUUCAUUAAAUUUUAUAUCGACAUCGUAUUUGGAGGCUGAGUCAAAUUAUCUUAAACCGAAACUCGAAAGGAACAACGUAGUCAACAAAGGUCUCUGGAUAAGACGAAAGAAUCUGAGGAACCCCAACGAAUUCAUAUUCAGGGCCAAUUCGUUAGAUGUAGACAAAAUACUGCAGAAUAACUUCGAUUUUAUAGGCACCAAUGUGGAAAGUUCACCCAUCUUCAACAGCUACUUGGACAGAAACAAAAGAGCGAUACGUGAUAAGCAAAAUCUAUCAAAAAUAUGCGAAAACAAUGAUUGUAAAACACUCAGUGCUAACAAAUUGUCUAUAAUAAAAUCGAAGCUCAUUUCUACUCUUAAGCCAGCGUCAGUUUUCAAUGACUACCCUUAUGAAGUAGCUGUCCUACUAGACAACAAGGACUUCCAAGAUAAUAAUGUAAUGAAAGAAAAAAAUAUACGUAACAAAGACAAAAAUGAAACUUCAAGGAUACAAGAUAAUAAAAUAGGAGAAAAUUUUUCCAAUGAAGUCGUAAAACAUUUGACAACGACUACAGAUUUUAAUACUACGCAUAAAAAUAUAGCUGUACCAAAACGGAGUAUGGACAGACAUAACUAUGAAACUGAAUUGGUGAAGAAAAUAGAGUUCACUGAAGACUUGAAUAAUGCUUACAAUAAAUCACACAGGAAUGUAUUUGAUACAGAAGACAUGGAAUGGCGUGAUCGGAGUCCAGCACCUAACAUAAACAUAUAUAAAGUAUUACCAAAAUCUAAAGACGUAAAUAGCAAGGUUAUAACAGAAAAAGGACUACUGAAACUAUUGACAAUGUUGACCAGAACGUUUAAGAAGAUUAUGAAACAACAUCACGACAUAAAGAGAAUUCACAGCACUAUUAACAAUUUAAACAACGAUUUUAUCCAGAACAUAAGAGAUUUGACAAACAAAUAUGAAGAUAUUAAUGUAAAAUAUUCAAAAAUAAUGAAAGUGAACGAUGAACUUCGAUUUACUGAAGCUAAAAUAAAAGAUAAAGAAGUCAAUUACGAUAAAAGGGAAAGAGAGCUGUCCAUAAACUUACGCGACUUCCAAAACCAACAGAAAAAGUUCCUUGAUCAGCAAAGAAAAUUUUAUAACAUGCAAAAAAUUAUGCUCGCACAGAACGAGAAAAUUAAUAUGAAACAGAAUGUUAUCGCGCAAACGCAAAGCGAAAUUUCACGGAGGCAGCACCAUUUCGCAAGAAUUUUUAAGAAAGCCAAAGAAAUUUACACAGAAUCCAGAAAAUUGGUUCCAAAUAAAUUGAACUCGGCGAUCGCUAAAACUGAAACCAAGCCGGUUACUGAAACUGAGGAUCCUAUAACAGUUUUGACGACAUCAGCACCCUCCCCAACCACUGAGCCGGUCAAAAUAAACCUCUUUUCAAUACCACCGAUGAACAAAUUAAAAAAUCAAGAUCAAAAAAUAUUAGAAGAGAAAGACGAACAGACGGUCGACGAUUUAAUAUAUAAAUAUUAUUUCAACAACACUUUCAUAGACGAGCUUAUGAAAAAUAAAAUUCUUGCAUCAUUCGGAGCUGUAAAUGAUAACAGCGACAAUAAUAACAACAAGAAAAAAAGAAACGAAAGCAAAUUGAGAACAACCAUCCUGUUCCCCGUAAAUAAAAAACAUGAAAAUAAAAAUGAAUCGAGAAGAAAAAGAUGGAUAAGAAAUGUCAACAAAAACAAAAAGAAACUUGUCCCACCGCAACCACCGGUCAGAACGAACAACCCAGUGAUACCUGACCGUGGUAACCAAACGAAUGUUAUAGAUUUAAACAACAUAAAUAAUGAUCCUUUCGUGACAAUGGCCUACAAUUUUUGCAAAGAAAUAGGACAGAACGUCAACCUGCAAAUACUUAAAUGGUGUAUAGAAAAAGCGUUGAGGCGAUUAAAAGCUAUUGAUCUCGUGGCGCCAUUUACAAUGACCACUGUGGGAAGGAAGAAAACGGAGGAGAAAUUUAGUACAACUGCCAAACUAGCUACAGAUGUUAGGACAACUUUAACCACACCGAUAUCGCUUUUGACUAGCACGCGGAGAUCAGAUCACAAAAUCACUUCAAACCCAAUCGUAACAUCUAGCCCAACUAUGUUUUUUCCUGAUAACGAUGAAUUAGAGAGUAAAAUAAAGGAAUACGAAUUGCUCCCCGAUCCCGAGGGAACAGUUUACUUUGACGGUAGCUUACACGCGAGUGAUCUUGGAUUAGUACAGAAAAAUGGUGAUUUAGACAGUGAGGGUUUUUCAGACAUUAUGCCUGGUUUGGAAAGCAACUCCAAGGUGGAAGUAGAUCCUUUAGCAUUUGACCUUCAGGCGCAGAGGAGAGCCAACGUUCGCAGAAUAAACGAAAAAAUCAUAAACAUGAAGCGGGGAUGAUUGAAAAAAUAACAAUUGCCACCACUGUAUAUACUUAGAAACAUAGCUGUAAUAUUGUUAAUACGUGUUAAUGAAUAUAUUAAUAAAUAUAAUUCAAUCUUUUUUAAUGUAAAUAAGUUAUAAAUAAAACAUUUUUUUGUUAUUAUUUAUAAGUGACAAUAAACAGAGGUUUUGGUCAGUAUGAAAUUGAAUUUCUUUUUGACAAUUAUUAUAGAAAAAUUAAAAGAAAUGUACAAUA